GGAUAUUUAAUGGCUUGAGGGAAUUGAUGAGUUCGAUGAGCUGGGUCGAGAGGGCCUUAUAAAUGUAUGGAUGGAGGAUACACCGCAACGAGCCACCUCAUGGCAAGGGUCCAUCAUGGCGAUAUCUGCCUGCUUGGGCCGCGUUUGAUCCUUCUUACUUGCCUGGUACCCCUGUGCUUCCCUGUAAUAUCAGCCGAUAGGAAGAGGGAAAGGCAAGUAACAGAUGGAAAGCCAAAAGUUGUCUAUUUCGGGCACGCCUGCUGCCAAGGGUCUGGCGUGCAUGCGAGGGGGGCUGCAGAUGAUCUGUUCGCCUCCUCGAACCUUCAGUCCUGUACUCCCGAUCUCCUUCUCCAGGGAGGCUCCAGGAGUUUUGAUAUGCAUGAGACGCGUCUAGUGGGCAGAUCUUGACGGCAACUGCAUGGUAAAACUCAAUAACCGUCCACCAAGACCAAAGGAGGAUCCGCGCCCGGCAAAGAUAGGGCACCUCGUGUUGCAGGGCGUGCUAUCCCCUUCGAGGGAGAACGAGGAUACCCCUCCUUUCCGCCUUUCGGGUUUAUGACGUUUUGUUCACCAGCAGGGAAC